CCUUGCUGCAUUCGUCGCCCUGAGCUGCCUGAUCUCGAACUUAAACUGGACAACAAAUCAAGUCGGAAGUUCGUGCUUUACGAAAACCUUCACUUUUUUGAUCGGCAUCCUGAAUAGCUCAAGACCCUUAACGCCACUCUCGAAAUGGCGGACCAUGAUACGUUGAUCAGCAAUUUUUGUGAGCUGACGGGCGCCUCGACGGAGCAGGCCACAGAGUAUCUGAGUGGCAGCAGGUGGGACAUUGACUCGGCGGUGACUGCGUACUACACAGACUUGGAGGAGGGCGAGCAGGCCCGUACUUCCACCGCCGCGGCCCCGGCCGCCGCACCCGAGCCUGCAUAUACCGGUCCCCGAACGUUAGACGGCCGUCCGGCUCCUGAGUACGCCACUGCCUCUUCGUCUUCGACCUCAAAGAAGCCACAAAAGCGCACUGGCGUGGCAACGCUCAGCUCUAUCGGCGGUGGUAACAGCCACGACGAUUCCGAGGAGGACGACGAUUAUGACGACGAGGACGACGAGCGGCGUGGGCCGAGGGACCUGUUCGCUGGCGGAGAGAAAUCCGGGUUGGCCGUACAAGAUCCAGCUCAGCGCUCGUCUGACCCGCGGAAGCUCAUUAGUGACAUUGUUGCCAAGGCUCGGUCAAACGCCCGGCAAUCUAGCGAAGAACCCGCCGGUCCGUCGAGAAGCAGGUUUCGCGGCGUGGGGCAUACACUUGGCGGAGAUGGCGUCGAGAGCCGCGUGAUUCCGGACCCGCAGGGCAGCCCCAUCCCCACAGCGACCAGCGAAGGUCCAGUGCAGGAGCGCGUCCUGCACAUCUGGAACGACGGCUUCAGCAUCGACGAUGGAGAGUUGCGGCGUUUCGAUGACCCCCAGAACCGGGCGGAUUUGCAAAUGAUUCGGGAAGGGCGGGCGCCGAUCCAUCUCAUGAACGUGCGGCUCGACCAGCGUGUGGACGUCAAGCUCCAGCAGCAUAACGAGAAUUACCGGCCUCUGCCCAAGGUUUACCGCCCAUUCAGCGGCACGGGCCGGCGGUUGGGAAGCCCCGUUCCGGGCGAGGCCGCGCCAGCUCCGCAACCGGUGUCCACCACCGCGGCGACGGCGAGUACGAGCCAGGCCCCUUCUACCGGUGCGGAUGAGUCCCAGCCGACCGUCACCCUGCGCAUCCAGCUUCCGGACGGAACCCGUCUCCCGGCGCGCUUCAACACGACUCAGACGGUCGGUGACGUCUACGACUUCAUCCAACGUUCCUCCCCUUCCCUCGGCGGCCGAGCGUGGGUCCUGUCCACUACCUUCCCAAACAAGGAGCACGAUGAUAAGAGCCUAGUGCUGGGCGAAAUGGCCGAGUUCAAGCGGGGCGGUGCUGCGGUUGUUAAGUGGAAGUAGGCGUGUGAGGGAGGCAUGGAACACUUUGCCUUUUUUUCGUGGCAGGAAUGUCUUUUUGUUUCUCUGGGCCAUGGCGUUGGGAUGGUUUACCGAUAAUUAAGUGAUAGAUGAGACAACCUUACACAUUGAUCUCUGGCGUGGGGCGAGAACGCUCCGGCUCAUGGCACCAUCAGCAGAUAUGAGAAGAUUUUGACCGAAUGACAUAACGAUACAUUGAGAGAGAGAGAGAGGGAGGGAGAG